AUGGAUUUACUUACAAGUUUGUAUGACAUUCAAGAUUUAAAUAAUGAUCCAACAGUUUUACAGCUAGAUGAAGUAGUGGAUCUCGAUUAUCUAAGCAGAAUUUCUUAUACAGAGCUAUUAGAGGAAAGUUAUAACGGCGUAUUUUUUAUCCCAACAAUUAAUCAUCACAACAACAAUUGUUGUAUAUCAUCACCUGAUGAUACAUUCUACAAUCUUAAAUUAAAUGGGGAUGAUCAUCAACCACAUUUUCCUUUCUUUGACCAUUUUGAAGAAAUUGAUAACAACAACAAUAAUGCUUCAUUCGGCCCAUCAAUGUACGAUGUGACAGACAUGACGAGAACUUUUUCAAGCGAAAGUGGUGGGAGCUGUCCCGAUCUUACCAAUUGUAGUCACCCUAGCAUAUGCACAACUCCUUUAAUUUCAUCACCACAAGAUCAAUCGCCCAUAAUGACAAGUCAACUACUUAUUAAUCAUCUUCAUCAUCAUGAUAAUAGCAGUAGUAACAAUGUUAUAAUAAUUACUUCUCCACCUUUAACCACCAUAUCACCAAUUUCUAUAUCAACAAAUCAUAAUCAUAAUAUCUGUUCUUCCACUUCUUCUGACAUUAAUGAUGAUGUCGCUCCUACGCCUAAACGGCGCGGUAGAGCAAAAGGAUCACGUAAAAUAAAAAAUGAUGAUGUUUUAAUGCUAGGAAUCCUCACAAAAUCAAGAGGUAGGAGAAUGAACAACAAUAACUUAAAGAUCACAAAACCUGGAACUAAAACUUUCGAGUGUACUUAUUCUGGUUGUGGGAGAGUUUUCAAAAGAUCCGAACACCUUAAAAGGCAUAUCAGAUCAAUUCACACAUUAGAACGACGUAAGUUCUCCAGAUCUGAUAAUUUAACACAACAUAUUCGUGUCCAUAGACCAAAUGGUAAAGAAAAGAAUACAAAUCAAAAAAUCUUUAAUAAUUUCACACCCUACUUAAAGACCUAUCAAGAAACAACAUCUUCCCCAACUUCGCCAUCACCAAAUCCAUCCUCAUUACAUAAUAAUUAA